UUCUACAUCUACAUUCCUCUCUCUCUCUCUCUCUCUUUCUCUCUAUAUAUAUAAUAGUAUUCUCACAUCAAUCUCAAUUCAACUGCUACCUUAGCAUGUUUUCUUGGGGUAGAAGAUUCCAACUGUCUCUGCGGCACACCAUAAGCCCGUUCUGCAGCUAUUCACAGGGCUUCACCUCAUCAUCAUCGUCGUCGUUUUCAUCAUCUUCUUCUUCUUCUUCUUCUUUCAGCACCUUUCCUGGGUCCAGACAUGGGGACAAGAGGUUCAGAGACUUGCAUGUCUUUCUUACAUCAAUCACUUCUGGGGUUGCCGUUGUUGGCUCCACCUUAGGCUUUUGGUAUUGGUCAGCUUUGUCCUCUCCUGGUGAUAAUUCUCUUCACUCUUUUUCUGAUGCUGCCAAGGUGGAUCAGCUCCAACAAAACUAUGAAACCAAAUCCAAGUUCCUAUUUAAUGAUGGCUAUAGAAGAAGAGUAUUCUUCAAUUAUGAAAAACGAAUUCGCUUGCAGAGCCCUCCUGAAAAGAUUUUCGACUACUUUGCAUCUGUUCGAGCCCCUAGUGGUGAGGUUUUUAUGACACCUGCAGAUUUGAUGCGUGCCAUUGUUCCUGUCUUUCCUCCUUCUGAAUCAAACCGUAUUAGAGAGGGUUAUCUAAGAGGGGAGCAGGUUCCUGGCCAGUUGCAGUGUGAGCCUUCACAAUUUUUUAUGCUCUUUGACACGAACAAUGAUGGACUCAUUUCCUUUGCAGAGUACAUCUUUUUUGUUACUCUCCUCAGCAUACCAGAGUCCAGCUUUUCAGUGGCAUUUAAAAUGAUUGAUACUGACAACAACGGGGAAAUAGACGAGCUAGAAUUCAAGAAAGUGAUGACCUUGAUGCGAUCACAAAACAGACAAGGGGCUAACCACAGAGAUGGACGACGUCUUGGAUCUAAAGUUUCUAUAGAAAAUGGGGGUCUCUUGGAGUAUUUUUUCGGCAAAGAUGGAAAGACUUGCUUACAACAUGAAAGAUUCGUUGAAUUCUUAAGGCAGCUUCAUGAUGAGAUUUUAAGGUUAGAGUUUUCCCACUAUGACUACAAUAAAAAAGGAACCAUUUCAGCCAAAGAUUUCGCUCUGUCCUUGGUUGCAUCUGCAGACUUCAAUGAGAUAAGCAGACUGUUGGAUAGGGUCGACGGAUUAAACAGCCACCAGCAACUAAGAGACAUAAGAAUUACAUUCAAGGAGUUUCAAGAGUUUGCAGAACUGCGCAAGAAGUUGCAACCCUUCUCUCUGGCCAUGUUUAGUUAUGGAAAAGUUAACGGGGUGUUGACAAAACCUGAUUUUCAGAGAGCAGCAUCUCAAGUAUGUGGCAUCUGUAUCACAGAUAGAGUGGUUGACAUAAUUUUUUAUGUGUUUGAUGCUAACAAUGAUGGAAACUUAAGUGCCAACGAGUUUUUUAAAGUUUUACAAAGAAGGGAAAACCAUUCACCACGUUUUGGCUUCGUGAGUUUAAUAUCUUGCUGGUUGAACUGUGUAAAUAACUGUUCAUCAGCUAAGCUUCAAUUUUGAUGGAGUACGUUGAUAAUCCAUCUUCACCCCUCAGAAACUAUAGGUGGGUAAGAUAUGCAUCUUGUUACUGUAAUGAAUUCAACCAUAUGCAGCAAAAUUUAGGGAAAAGGCAGAAGACCCAUUCCCGUAGCAAUGGAGAUUUGCUAUGACACUGUCACACCAUGACAUGGCCGCUGUCUACUCAGAAAUGUAUAGUGUUCGAUUAUGUUGUCUAAUAUCUUCCUUUGGGAGCCAAGUCUACAUGUGUUGAUAUUUGUACAUACUCACUCCGGCUACCUUGACUAUUAAUUUUUGCUUUUCAUAGCUUGUCAUUAUCUGGACAUUUUAUAACCAGUGUUAAUGCUUGUAAUAUGAGCUAAUACUACAGUGACUAAAUUAAUUAUGAAAAGCUCAAUUGUA